UGCCCGUGUGAUCAGUGUACGCAACACAGUCCGUGCGCGCAGAAGGUGAUCGUCCCGUUUGCGGACCGUUCGCCACCCGUCUCUCCCUUUUUUUUUUUGGUACUACUACGCCGCUCCGCUUUCCGUCGCGUUUUCAUCGCCGCGUUUUAGUGAUCGUGCAAGUCUUUGCAACUCAUUUUCCAGCAAUGCACAGCCAGUUUAAAAGAAUUGUUGUGUGAUUUUUUGUUUUGUUUUUGCCUUCGCGCGCAGUAAUCGAGUGAGAUCUACACCGACGACAGGCGCGUUGUGUUACAUGAUCGGGCCAGCAAUGCACGCGUGAUCAAUAAUACCUUCCCGAAAAAAAGUACGCCAAAACACACGUCCGUGAGUGAGAUAGUGAGUGUGUGUGUGUGUGCGUGGAGAGGAAAAAGUCCUCCAUAAUUUUUGAGUGAAUUUUGCGUAACACAAAUUCCAGCAUCGUCGUCGUCGCCACCAUCGUGGUGUCGUGCAAGUCGGAUCGAUCGCCCGAGAGAGCCACUUCGCGGGUGUAUGUGUGUGUAUGUGUGCGCCUAUCCGUGAAAUAUAGUGUGUCCCGUAGACCGUAGUGCCAACAUCGAAGGGGGUGCAGUGGCAGCGGUAGUAGAGGUAGUAGACAACGAGGACGACCAUGAAACAGGCAAAUGGUCGAGUGUUCGAUCGGAAUAAAGCCACCGCGUACAGCAGCCGGAAGUGAGGUGAGGAGGGAAGGGAACGACGAGGAGCUCGUUUGCACGAAAGCCUGCGGGAGUCCCCGCCAGCGGGAGCGGAACCGACCAGCCGCAGCACCAACCGCGUCCGUCGAGAUCCGUCCGACGUGAGGGAAGCGAGACGAUUUGCUGAGCGCGCCCCCGUGUGCCGUGCGCCCCUUCAUGGCCAACUUAUGCAAAAAGGUAACUAAUAACUAAUGAGAAUUGAUGAGGAGCCUGAAUUAUGCUGCAAUUAGUCGAACCCUCGAAACGGAAGCAAGAUAUCUCCGUCGGCGUGAUUUGGGACGAUAUGAAAAUCAAGACAUAAAACGUAUGCGGCGACGAUCCAGAAUGAAGGUUCUAAAGAUACUGCAGUCCUUUUCGCAAGGGACGUUCAUAGCGUUUUUGCUGCUUUUCUUCGGCGUGAACUGUAUGGGUGAACCGGGGUACCUUGACUUUGAUAAUCUUCCGGAGACUAAUUUUACCUGCGCCGGCAAAGUGAUCGGAGGAUACUAUGCCGAUCUGGAAGCGUCCUGCCAGAUGUUUCACGUGUGCACCAUCGGGCAGGGGGACGAGCCGAUGGACAUCAAGUUCCUGUGCCUGAACGGGACGGUGUUCGACCAGGAGACGCGCGUUUGCGAGCGCGUCGACGAGGUCGAUUGCUCCAAGUCGGAGAAGUUUUACUAUCUCAAUCUGGAGCUGUACGGUAACACCAUCAUACCUUCACCAGAUGAUGGCAGCUCGGAGGAAGAGAGCGAAGGAAGCGAUUCCUCAUCUACCACCAGCACGACGACUACAACUACUACCACGACGACCACCACUACGCCCAAGCCGCCAGCGACGACCACCCCAUCCAGACGGUUCGUUUUCAACAACGGCAACAGCAAGGGCUUCACACAGCCCAUCUCAUCCUCCACGAUCGCGACACCGACGCACGCGUUCUCGAGCACCUCCGGCAAACCCCCGUCGGACGAGGAGGACUACGAGUAUGAGGACGAGGAGUACCCGGACGACAGCAAGUCCGCCGAUCAGGAUUCGGUCGUCGUGCCCGCCCUGGAGGAAGGCGGCAGCUUCUCGCCGCAGCAGUUCACGCUGCAGCAACAGCAGCAGGGCAAUCAACCAAAAACGGAACCGCCAACCAAAGCCGGUGGCGUCAAGCCGGCCGUUUCCUUCCAGCAGCAGCACUUCCAGAACGGGGGCACGCUGGCCGUUACAAACUCGCACGUGACGGUCACCACCCACACCACGAGCAAUGGUGGAGGUGUCAGCGGCGGUCCACCUUCUAGUAACGGUGAUAAUGGUGGAGCUACACCGCCCGCCGGCAGUGGCACGAAGCCCAAAGCCCAACCGUCGCAACCUCCGCUGACACACAAACAGAAGCAACAGCUGGAGCAUCAGCGGCGCCAGCAGCAGGAGCAGCUACUCCAACAGCAAGCCAUCACCAAGCAGCACGAGGAGCUGCAGAAACGCCAACAGGAGGCGGCCGUCAAGCAGCAGCAGAAAGCACUGCAGCAGCAGCAGAAGCAGGUCCAGCAGCACGAAGCCGAGAUCAAGAACCAUCAGGCACUGUUACUACUGCACACGCAGAAGAUUAACCGACAGCAGCAGAAGCAACAGAAUGUAGCCUCGUCCGCAGCACCACCCGCCACGCAGCGUUUACCGUUCGCGACCGGGGCUGGUGCGAGCGGAUUUGGAUCGAAUCAGCAACAGCAGCAGCAGCAGCAGCAGCAACAAACACAAGCACCAAAGAGAAUACCGCUGCUUGCCUCAUCGUCACCGCUAGCGCUGCCUUCGCCUGCCUCCCCGCUGACACCGUUCCGCUUGAGGGCUCAGGGUUUCAAGCUACCACAGUCGGUGGCUCCUCAAAUGUCACCCCAGCAGCGGCAGGAUAUACUACGCCAGCAACAGCAACAGCAGCAGCAGCAACACCAUCAACAUCAUCACCAGCAGCAGCAGCAGGAGGAACGCUUCGAAGGAUACCGAAGACAACCACCGCCUCAGUAUCCGGUUCGUUUUCAGGUACCGCUGCAUCUACCCUUCGAGCAGCAGCUGCGCAAUCAGAAGGACAUCUCGCUACAGUUCGACCCGGACGUAGAGGAUCUGACGCAGAUCCCCCAGCACAAGGAGCUGAAGCGUUCGGAUCCACCCUUCCACCAGCAUCACGGCAAGGGGACGACGACGGCCAGCAAGGAGCAAACGCCGAUCGCCACCGGUGAGCGUAAGGCGGACAGUGGACACCAAUCGCAAGCUGAGCAGGAGCAACAGCAGGACCCGGUGGUAGAGUACGAGUAUGACGAGGAUUACAGUUCCGAGGCGGAUGAGUCGGAGCAGGGCAAUCCUACCCUAGAUAGCGUUAAGUCAAACACCAAUAGUGAAUUUGUUAUCGCCAAGAAUGCAUCGCCCGGCAAGACGGGUGAGGAUCGCUACCAGAAGGAGCACGGCACGGCCGUGUCGAGAAGUGAUAGCGAGCGAACUAAUACUAAUCCUAGCGCAAAUAGUUCUAGCAGUAAUAGAGUGACUAGUAAUAAGAGUAGUAGCAGCAGCAGUAAUAGUGGUAGUAGCGUUAGUAGUAACGAUCGUAGCUCUAAGAAACUCCCGAGCGGAGGAGGUGGUGGUACCGUCACCACCAGCAACACUAGUAGGUUUAUCAUCAACAAUGAGCACCACAAGAGCAGCAGCAGUUCGCCACCGCGCGUCCAGCCGUCGGCCCGGGUCGGUGUUUCGCCGGUAACGCCCGGCCAUCCGAAGGUGAUCGUCACCACCAGUACCUCCAUCCGGGACAAUCACGGCCGUACGAUCAACUACUCGAUCACGAGCAAUGGUGGUUCCAUCUCGAGCACUGCCGCCAGCACGCCAUCGCAGCCCGGCACAACAGUGCGUCCGAAGCCGGGCACGGUCAAGGGGUACGACGAGUACAAGGAGAGUGACGUACUGAGCGAUCCGUUCUAUCUGGACGUGCCGCGCCAUCGUACCCGUACUAGGCGAUCGUUAAGGAACGUGGGAUCAACGGGUUCGCGCCGGAAGCGCUACAUACUGCUCGUUCCUCGUUUCAUGUAGUACAUCAGCCAGCGCGCAUGCUGAUGCGCAGUGCCGAUGCCUGUUCGUUUGGUGGUUUGCGCUUGUAAAUAUUUGAUCCAGCAGCUGAUGCCGAAAGCAAUACUCAUGCCCUUCCUUUCGCCCCCUUCUAUCUGAUUUAAGUCACGUGAUACAUAUGCUCUCCAUGCACUUCAUGCGCACCCUGUCUUCAGGUGAGCCCGGAUGUGUAUAUGAGUUUUCUAUUGGAGCAAAAAAAACGCAGAAGCACUCAAUAUUUCUCUCUCGGAGCUAUUAUUUUCCUUCUGUUUCCAUUUGAUUAGCUAAUUUAAUGUAAUGUUUUUUUUUCUCCAGCGCUAUUUUAAUUUAAUUCCCCAAGUAUCGAUAGUGCGAUCGAAUGAAGAAUGUGUAAUUGUGUACAGAGAGAGUAGCGGAGUAUUUUUGAUCUUUUUUUUAAAUUCAUUUUUCUGUCCUUGGAGAAAACUCUAUCUAUCCUUGCACCUGCAUACUUUCACCAGUUUCUUUUGUUUUUUUGUAAGUUAUAGUUAUUUUAUGGUUUCCUCUAGCAUAUAGGCAGCAAAAACGUUGUAAGAACGAAGUUAUGAUUAUCAGAACAAGAUUACAGCCGCAGUAAAAAAAAAUUAUACCUUCUUAUACUCAUCCCUAGCGAGUAGUUUUAGAAUCACAGACACACCUCGAUCUAUAUUGUACUAUGUUUUCCCUCCCUCUCAAGCAUCUAUCUCUCCAUCUAUCGCCUGAAAACCUUCCGCGUCCAACGAUGCCAAACUGAUGGAAGAAAAAUGGCUAGAAAAAAAACACCUAGAAAUCAAUCGAUGAAAAUCAUGUAAAAAUAAAGAAUAAAGCACACUGUUCCGAAUAGG